AUGCAUUUUCCGGAGAAAUCAGUUCUUCUGGAAUGGACCAGCCUAUGCAGCUCUCUUCGGGUAUUCAAACAGAUACAGACUCAUUUGAUUUCUCGUGAUCUUCUUCGUGAUGACAUUUUCGUCAACAAAGUCGUGGCCUUUCUGGGAAAAUCCGCCGAUUUCGCAUCCUACAGUUGUCUAAUUCUCCACAAAACCCGUCCUGCGUUGAGCUCGUUUCCAUACAACACGCUCUUAUCAAGCUACGCAGUCUGCGAUAAACCAAGAGCGACGAUUCUCGUUUACCGAGCAUUUGUGAGAAACGGGUUUUCGCCGGACAUGUUUACGUUUCCUCCGGUUUUCAAGGCUUGUGGGAAGUUUUCAGGGAUCGGAGAAGGGAAACAGUAUCAUAGCACUGUCACGAGGAUGGGUUUCUCCGAUGACAUGUACGUGCAAAACUCGCUUGUUCAUUUCUACGGCGUGUGCGGAGAUUCGAAGAGUGCAUGCAAAGUGUUCGAUCAAAUGCCUGUGAGAGAUGUUAUUUCUUGGACUGGCAUUAUAUCUGGCUUCUCCAGGAUUGGAUUGUACAAGGAAGCUUUGGGUAUGUUUUCGAAGAUGGACGUUGAGGCGAAUUUAGCUACGUAUGUUUGUGCGUUGGUCGCGAGUGGGCGUGUAGGGUGUUUAAGUUUAGGGAGAGGACUCCAUGGAUUGAUGUUGAAAAAGGCAGCUUUGUUCAGCUUAGAGAGUGGUAACGCUCUUAUAGAUAUGUACGUGAAAUGUGAGCAGCUGUGCGAUGCGAAGAGGAUCUUUGAUGAGUUGCAGAAGAAAGAUAAAGUUUCUUGGAAUAGUAUGAUUAGUGGGUUGGUUCAGUGUAAAAGGUCUAACGAGGCGAUCGAAUUGUUUUCUCUGAUGCAAUCGUCUUCGAGUGUAAAGCCAGAUGGGCAUAUACUUACGAGUGUGCUCUCUGCUUGUGCUAACUUAGGAGCUGUGGAUUAUGGAAGAUGGGUCCAUGAGUAUGUUGUAAGCUCUGGAAUAGAAUGGGAUACGCAUAUUGGAACCGCGGUUGUCGAUAUGUAUGCGAAAUGUGGCUACAUCGAAACAGCUUUGGAGAUCUUCAACGGAAUCAGAAGUAAGAAUGUGUAUACUUGGAAUGCUCUGUUAGGUGGUUUAGCUAUCCAUGGACAUGGACAUGAAUCACUCAGAUGUUUUGAAGAAAUGGUUAAGCUUGGGUUUAAGCCGAACGAGGUAACGUUUCUUGCGGUUUUAAACGCUUGUUGCCACACGGGUUUAGUCGAUGAAGGGAGAAGAUAUUUCCUCAAGAUGAAGAACAGAGAGUAUAAUCUAUCUCCAAAGAUAGAGCAUUAUGGAUGUUUAGUUGAUUUGCUUUGUAGAGCUGGAUUGUUAGAUGAAGCGUUGGACCUUGUUAAAACGAUGCCGGUUAAACCGGAUGUGCUUAUAUGUGGAGCUAUUCUCAGUGCUUGUAAGAGUAAAGGGACGUUAAUGGAGCUUCCUAGAGAGAUAUUAGAUAGUUUCUUAGAGAUGGAGUUUGAAGAUAGUGGUGUUUAUGUGUUGAUGUCUAAUAUUUUUGCUGCUAAUAGAAGAUGGGAUGAUGUUGCUAAGAUUAGGAAGUUGAUGAAGGUUAAAGGUAUCUCAAAGAUUCCGGGAUCAAGUGCUGUAGAAGUUAAUUAA